ACUAAAGAAAACUAGGGGAGGGAUAUGGGUACGAGGGGGGAGUCUCUGCUCUCUUCACAGCUACCAAGCACGAGAGUACAAGAGGCAAGGGCCUGUUAACUAACUGCCCCUUGGUUUCUCAGAGCACAGCUCAAGCUUCUUCCUCCCUUCCACUCAAACCAGAAACCAGAACAUCUUACUGAGCAGAGCGGAACUUCUCUUGCCCGUUGGAUGUGAACAAAAAUUUAAAAAUGCCUGUCAGGAGGGGGCAUGUGGCCCCUCAGAACACCUAUUUGGAUACAAUCAUCAGGAAAUUUGAAGGACAAAAUCGCAAGUUUCUUAUUGCCAAUGCCCAGAUGGAGAACUGUGCUAUCAUUUACUGCAACGAUGGCUUCUGUGAGAUGUUUGGCUACUCACGGGUAGAAGUUAUGCAACGUCCCUGCACCUGCAAUUUCCUCACUGGGCCUGACACCACACCCAACUCCAUUGCCCAGCUGGGACAAGCAUUGCUUGGAUCUGAGGAAUGUAAGCUGGAGAUCCUCUACUACAGGAAAGACACAUCAUGCAUUCAGUGUUUGGUGGAUGUGGUCCCAGUGAAGAAUGAGGAAGGAAUUGUCAUCAUGUUUAUUUUGAACUUUGAGGACCUGGCAGCUCUCAUUGCCAAAAGUGCCCGACAAAGCCUACACCAGCGUCUCUCCCAGGGAUGGCGUACAGAAGGCUCCCAAGUCAAACUCAACCAAAAUUCCACAUCAGAUGCAAACCUCGUGAAAUAUAGGACAAUCAGCCAGAUUCCACAGUUCACCCUCAACUUUGUGGAAUUCAACCUUGAGAAGCAUCGUUCAGGCUCUACCACAGAGAUUGAGAUAAUCGCCCCGCACAAAGUAACCGAACGUACCCAGAAUGUAACUGAAAAAGUCACUCAGGUUCUGUCACUGGGAGCAGAUGUCCUCCCUGAGUACAAGUUGCAGGCACCACGCAUCCACCGAUGGACCAUCCUGCACUACAGUCCCUUCAAGGCAGUAUGGGACUGGCUUAUCCUACUGCUGGUCAUCUAUACAGCUGUCUUCACCCCCUACUCAGCUGCCUUCUUGCUCAAUGAAGAACAAGAGGAGAAGCAGUCAGACUGCAGUUAUACAUGUGACCCCCUCUACAUAAUUGACCUCAUUGUGGACAUCAUGUUUAUCAUUGACAUUAUCAUUAACUUCCGCACCACUUACGUGAACAUGAAUGAUGAGGUAGUCAGCCAUCCAGCAAAGAUUGCUAUCCACUAUUUCAAAGGCUGGUUUCUCAUUGACAUGGUAGCUGCCAUUCCUUUUGAUUUACUCAUAUUCCGCUCUGGAUCUGAUGAGACAACAACUUUGAUAGGGCUGCUAAAGACUGCACGGCUCUUACGCUUAGUGAGAGUAGCCCGCAAGUUGGACCGCUAUUCAGAAUACGGGGCUGCUGUACUUUUUCUGCUCAUGUGCACAUUUGCCCUCAUUGCCCAUUGGCUAGCCUGCAUUUGGUAUGCCAUUGGCAAUGUGGAGCGGCCCUACAUGAAGCAUAAGAUUGGAUGGCUGGACAACCUCGGUGACCAGAUUGGCAAACGCUACAAUGACAGUGACCUCUCAUCUGGCCCCUCCAUCAAGGAUAAAUAUGUGACUGCACUCUACUUCACAUUCAGUAGCCUUACUAGUGUGGGCUUUGGCAACGUCUCACCCAAUACCAACUCUGAGAAGAUCUUUUCCAUCUGCGUCAUGCUGAUUGGCUCUCUCAUGUAUGCUAGCAUUUUUGGCAAUGUUUCUGCCAUCAUCCAGCGUUUGUACUCUGGCACAGCUCGCUACCACACCCAGAUGCUGAGGGUCAAGGAGUUCAUCCGUUUCCACCAAAUCCCCAAUCCACUACGCCAACGCCUUGAAGAAUAUUUUCAGCAUGCCUGGUCCUACACCAAUGGUAUCGACAUGAAUGCGGUGCUGAAAGGAUUCCCUGAUUGCCUGCAAGCUGAUAUCUGCCUCCACCUCAAUCGCACCCUUCUCCAAAAUUGCAAGGCCUUCCGAGGAGCUAGCAAAGGCUGCCUACGUGCCUUGGCCAUGAAGUUCAAGACGACACAUGCACCUCCUGGUGAUACCUUGGUGCAUUAUGGAGAUGUCCUUACCACUCUUUAUUUUAUCUCACGUGGCUCCAUCGAGAUCCUCAAGGAGGACAUUGUAGUGGCUAUUCUAGGGAAGAAUGACAUCUUUGGAGAGCCUAUCAGUCUGUAUGCCAGGCCUGGAAAAUCCAAUGCAGACGUGCGAGCCUUGACUUAUUGUGACUUGCAUAAGAUCCACCGGGAAGAUCUCCUGAAAGUCUUGGAUAUGUACCCAGCCUUUUCAGAUAACUUUUGGAGCAAUCUGGAGAUAACAUUCAACUUGAGAGAUGCAGAUAGUAUUCCUCGUUCUUUACUCAGUGAAGACUACACAUGCAACUAUCCUCAAACAGGUCAUCAUAAACAUUCUUCCUGCCAAGCUAACAAAACUGACCCAGAUAGCAUGGAUGCAGGCAUCUCAGAUUUGGAGCAAUGUCAUAGAUACUCUGAGUAUAUACCACUGCAGCAUCCUGACAUGCAUAGUACCACAACAUCUUGCUCCCAAAUGAGUGAAGAGGAAGCCAAGAUGUCCAAUCCCACCAAGGUUGAUCCUUUCACAGAUAUUGAAAACAGCAACUUUGUCCCGACUGUAGUAAACCUGGUCACUGAUGGCACCAACAUUGACAAACUGGUGACUGAAGAAAAUCUAGCCUGUGCAGCAACAUCAUUGGAUGUUUCCAACCUGUUCACAUUCUGGGAGAAAAAAAAGCCCAGUCUCUUGUCGGAGCCUUUCCAGCACAUCUCCUUGGUACAUAGCCCAUUGGAGAUGCCUCUAAACUCUGAGGACGGACCACGGCAGAUUGAAUCAAAGUUGGAAUGCCUGCAGGCACAGCUUAGCAGACUAGAAUCCAGGAUGUCUUCCGACAUUAAUCUCAUUCUGCAGCUGCUACAGCGCCAGCUGUCUCAAGUGCCACCUGCAUACAGUUCCAUCUCUCCUUCCUCCCGUAACUUGUCCCUGUACAGCAUGAACCUCAGGAACACAGAACCUGAUCCCUCCCUGGAGGAAGAGGAACUGACUCCCCUGAAAGAGACUCCGAGUUAUUGUGAAAUUGGAAAAAAACAAUUAAAAUCUAGGAAUUUGUUGUCAAGUGGUUUACCCCUGUCUUUGGCUUUAAAUGAUACUGUGGCAAUCAGUUCUCAGCAAGAGUUUUAUCCACAGAUCCUGUCAAAACAAGAGCCUCACUGGAGGACACCUAAUAACCAGAAACUUUUCCAAGGAUCUCGUUUCCAUUCUCUCCCUGAACAUCUUGAGGCGCCUUCUGAGCAUUUGGACAUUCAGAGACAUUUCUCUGACCCAUUCCUUCCUGCAGUUUAGGAAUCCAGUUGCACACAAAGCCAAGCAAAGAGGAGCUGAACUGAGAAAUUAUUUAGUGGAUUUUACUGCUUACACUUGGAGGACAUUUCCAGUGUAAUAUAUCUUCUGCUCUGAGAAAAGGGCAAUUUGCAAGAGGGUUGACUUCACUGAUUUCAGAAAUGGAACAACACAGAGAAGUUGGACAUCCCCCCCUCCCCCAGGUUCCAAGAAAAAUGACAUACAGAUGCUGAUGGACCUCCUCCUCCUUACUCCCAUUCUGCAUACAUUAACUGCAAACCCUAUGGAUGCUGGAAGUUUAAUCUAACAGUAUUUGCGAUACCUAAUAAUGGUGAAGAGAGGAACAUUUCUGUAAAAUAAUAAAGAAGUAAUGGAAAAUAUGGCCUGAAGGAGAGAUUGCUAAGAACUUCACAAAAUAUCAUUGGGUUAUAGGAUACCAAGAAUGGAUAUUUCUUUUGUUAAUAGUUACAAUUAGUAUCUUAGGAUUUUAUUAAUUAUGUGUGACCCUAGGGAGGAUGGUAUCAGUUUUUGCAGUAUAAUGACUUGUCCCCAAAUAAAGUGAGCACUGUGUUAUAAGUUACGUUUUUCUUGUAGGGAUGUAAAUCUAAGGAGGAAGGCUAUUCAAUGAAAGGAUAAAAUAUGCAGUGCAGUCCUAUGUAGGAUUGUGAACUGAAUUUCUGAUUGAGCCUGUUUUUGGUCACAGCCCUUCUUAGUCUCUGUUCUUAAUUCUACAAUUCUCUCCCUCUCAAUAAAUUAAGCUGUGCACCCUGGUCUAUAGUCCCAGUUUGGUAUGUAUUUGUUAAAAAAGAGAGUCUUACCAAAUCUACAGUAGUUAAAUUUACUAUCAGAUAAAGCAUAGGACCACAGUGUCACAUGAAGUAAAUUUGUAGUAUAAUAGUGUCACAUCUUAAGUAUCUUGUAAUAAACACUGCUGAUCCUAGUCUCAUAGAGAAAUAUUUUCUCACAUUCUAUCUAGUAAUCUAUAAAGUGGAAGUGACAUUUUUCUCCCAAGGUUCAGAAAAGAGCCAGGAGCAAUAGGUGAAUUCUAAAAGUAUCUUUCCCAGGUUUUUGCAACAGUCCAGAUUUACCCAGCUCUGCAUUAUGUUCUAGGAAAUGCCAAGACUAGAGUUAUCCAUUUGCAACAGAACAAUUCCUUUUGGAUUAGAACCAUCCCAGACAUUGUUUAAACCACUAUGUACAAAAUAGGUAUGAGCAACACAUUUUGUACAAAUUUGCCUGAUAUAAGCACAAUUUUAGAAAAUCUUGUAAGAAGAAAAGCAAAUCAGACAAAACUUUUUUGUACAGGUGUUAUCUCCUUUCCUUAUGACAGUUUGUGACUUUAUGUGACAGCACGACAUAAAGAAUUAUUGUAACCAAAUCCUCAAACUAUCCUCCUCCUCCUCCUCCUCCCUCCACUAAAUGCUGCAAUGGCUGUAGGCCACAUACCCAGAAUAACAUAUUAAAUCCCUAUCUUGAGUAGCAGGGGGAAAAAUAAAUGUAAGCAUUCCACCCUACUUCCAAGGCAUUAGUUACUUUGCUAAUAAAGAUUAUUUUGACACCAACUGUGGCCUGAUGACUACCUCUCUUUAAGAUUGGAACAUGAUGUGUACUUACUGAAAAGAGUUGAUUGAAGCAAGAUAAUGAAAGCAGAACAUACAAGGUGUAUGCCUUGCUAGCAAUUUGAAGCCUCUACAUUUUUCUCCUUAUAUCCUGUACUUCUGGGCAAUUGGAUAGCAGUUGGUUAAUCACUGAACAGUUUGCUACCAUAAACAUCCAAGAUGACAAUUGUUCCCAACUAUUUUCUCCAUGCAUAUAAGAAGCAUUAGAAAACUAGACCAAAUUCCUGGUUACAUUUGAUGCUGUAAUUGUUCUUAGAGUGUUAAAAGUGACAAAUGCUAACUGAAGACAACAGAGAAAUCCAGAAAGUAAUACUUAUAAUGAUUUCACAUGAUUAUGUGACUUGCUCACCUCUACUAAAGGUGAAGGAAAGAAGAAAGCUAUAGAAGAAAGAAAGGUUUUCUUUCUGACACUGUAACGUGGGGGGUUGUUGUUGUUGGUAAUUAAAUAAAUGCUAAAUAUUGCCAUGCAAAUGCAUUCUACAAAGAAUGGAGACAUAAACUCUCCAAUAUAUUGUCCCAUAUUACAGAUGGAGACUAAGAAUUAUAUCCUUACUGUAAGGAGUAGAAGGAAAGUUGAUGUUGACAUUAGCAGACAAAAGACACACUAAGUAACCUUUUUUAAUAGUAGAGUUUCAAACAGCAGGGUGAGAGAUGAACGGUUAAACAAUCCUAUAAUCUACUUUUUAUGUUCUACAGGAAUAUAAAACUUCUGAAAAAAAUUGAAACUCACAGUAAAGAAUUUCAGUCAUUCAAUUUCUUG